AUGAAGUAUCUGUUAACAAUCGAUGGUAAAGCAUUUGGAAUAUGUCCUGCCAACAGACUUCGAUUAAUUCCUGGUGUAUUUGAAGACACUGGACAGCUCAUCAGAGGUAUAUCUCCGAACCAAUUUUCCGACCAAGGUGAUUUUAGCGCUUUGCAACGACAAGGAAAGCGCAGAAGUUGGCACGUCCUUCCUAACCAGGUCGUAACUCCCAAAAAGUUCAACGAUGUAUUUUUAUACGACAUGCCUCCAUCGAGAUGUUCUCCGAUUUCAGUUUCUUCAGGAGUUAGCCCGGGUACAAUAACUCGGGACCAGAACGACUGCUACGAUGUACCUCCCCGGCCAGUACCAGUAGGUAAUGAAAGUUUUAGGAAUUGUCCCCGAUGCUCUCCCGCCCCAUCAUGUGCCUCACCGAUCAAUAGAGAUUCAGGUGACACAUAUGACAUUCCCAGACAACAUUUAGGUAUUCAGAACCAAUUAACACCCUCUAGUUCAGCUAGUUCGCUAACAGCGGAUUCACUUAGUUCGUCAAACCGUAGCAGUUUAGCCAAUAUGCCUGACUACGACGUCCCGAAACCUUACAACAGAGGCCCCCAAUUAGUUCUCCAAUCCACUUCAAAUUACGAUGUACCCACACAUGUUACAAAAGAGUUGCCUUUGGAGCUAAAUUCAGCACUUGAAAAUUUGGAGAGAUUACAGACUGACACCACCAGUGCAAUAUCAAAGUUAUUAGGAUUUGUCGGUCCUCAGUGGAGGACGAAAGACAAGUUAGAAACAAAUUUAAUGGAAAUCAAAUUGUCAGCGACCCGGUUACGUACGUCUCUCCAAGAUUUGGCGGAGUUUGGAGAAGGGACGUUGGGAAACGCAGCUAGGGCUUCCGAUAAAAAUUUGGCUGGCAAAUUAUCCCCCUUAGUUUUAGCAAUCAGGAAAGCAAAUACCCUGGUACAAGAAGUUUCAGAAAAACUUAAUAGACAUAACUGGUCUCUAGACAUUCUUUCUAGGCCGCUUGAUGAAGAGUGCGUGAAGAAACCAGACGAAUUAGAACAACUAGUUGCCUGCUCGCGUGCAUUAACGGAAGAUAUUCGACAGAUAGCGUCGUUCAUUCAGGGCAAUGGUACAUUGCUGUUCAAAAAGGAAUCUUCGAACGAAUGGAACGAAGAAUAUGAUUAUGUAAGCUUAGAUUCAAAAGAAAACAUUAACAAAAAUCACGCAGAUAUAAUGAAAACCUUACCAAAGAACUUACAGAAAGACUUCGACAAUUGUGUGAAACAUGCCGAUGAUGUAGCUUUCGACGUUGACCAUAAGACAGCGGGCUUAGAUCCUGACGAUAAACAGCUCUUGGCAUUUUACGCAACGCAGGUGGUUACACAUCACACCAAUUUGACACAUGCCAUAGACGCAUUUUUGAAUACAGUGGAACAUAACCAACCGCCGAAAAUAUUUUUGGCUCACGGCAAGUUUGUGGUCCUCAGUGCUCACAAAUUAGUCCUAAUAGGUGAUACGGUGCAUCGAAAUAUCACGUGCCGAGAUAUAAAGGAUAGAUCGUUAAGUUAUGCCAAUGCUCUUUCAGAUGCUUUAGCGACCAGUGUAAAUAAAACUAAACAAGCUGCGAUGCAAUUCCCUUCUGUGAAUGCUGUUCAGGAAAUGGUCGACUCUGUUGUAGAUAUUUCUCAUUCAGCUAAGGAUUUAAAGGUAUGCUUGGUACAAGCUGCAGUUUCCUUUUAA